GAUUCAAAUCCUUGAGAUGAUGCGAGCAUCAUCUUCGAUCUGAUAACUCUCGCGUUCUCGGGAAACACACAUAAUACGCAUCAGGUUUGAUCAUGUCUGCUGAGGUCGAAGAGUCAACACCCGCCCAAGCCCCUGCUCCAGCAGCAACCAAAACGAAGAAGGCAUCGGCGAAUAAGGCAAAACCUGCUGUAACUGCUUCUCCGUCUAAAAAGAAGAAAAAGAAGAGCAAGGGGCCCGGGAAGUACAGCCAGCUCGUCAUUGAUGCGAUCCGCACCCUGGGUGAGAAAAACGGCUCGUCGCUUUUCAAGAUAUACAAUGAAGCGAAGAAAGUGAGCUGGUUUGAUCAACAGAACGGUCGCGUGUAUCUGCGUUACUCCAUCCGCGCGCUCCUGCUCAACGACACGCUCGUGCAGGUGAAGGGACUGGGAGCCAACGGCUCAUUCAAGCUCAAUAAGAAGAAAUUUGAGAAAAAGCCAAAGAAGAGUGCCACUAAGGCGACCAAAACAGAAAACCCUGUAAAGCCGGCUUCCAAAAAAGACGUGACCAAGAAAGUGACUGCAAAGAAGAGCGCCAAAAAGAGCCCCGUUAAAAAGAAGACCGCGAAGAAGACGAGUGUUAAGAAGACGACACCCAAACCGAAGAAAGCAGCAGCUGCCAAAAAGCCAAAAGUCGCGGAGAAGAAGGCAAAGGCGAAGAAAUCAAAAUAGACUUUCUUUGAAAAUAAAUAAUUAUAUUUUUUUAUAUAGCUUCUUGGAAGAUCCAGAUUUAAAGGGAUUCCGUUUUUAGUUUUGAUAUGUUUUGAUAUUUCUGUUGACAUUAGGUAUGCUGUCAUUUGAGGUUUGAUGUCAAUGUACUUAGAAAUGGCUUCAUGAUAGAGACACACCCACUUUAGUUCCUGCACUUCAAGAUGUCAUGUUUUCCUGAAAUGACACUUUUGUUUCUUUGCUGCACUAAACAGGACACUUGGUAGCUAACUAGACGAAGAUGAACGCUUUGUGAAUAUAAACUAGAACAGUGCUUGUUUAAACAACAAUCUCAUAUAAAAUGUUACUGAACUGCAAAAGACAACAUGUAUGUCGAAUAAACCUGAUUUUAUUAUUAUUCUUUUUAAUAAAAAUGACUGCACAACCUU